CUUUUCUUGAUCAAAAAGUCAAUAGUAGCAGUAUCAAAACUUCACCAAAGGAGAAAAAUUGGGUGGCACAUAAAACUAGGAAAGAAGAAGCCACCUGUGCAAUUUAUCGAACACCAAGCCAAACCCAACUUCCAACACCUGUUAAAACUCUAAACCCCUUACUUUGUAGUGUAGUGUGUAUAAAGAAAGGAGCCAAAUAUGGGAUCAGUGUUCAGUUCACCUCAGAUUAGCAAAGAAAAAAUGGAGAUUUCUCUUACCAAAGCCAAGCAGAUUGUUUCCUCUAAUCCUGUCGUUGUCUUCAGUAAAACAUACUGCGGAUAUUGCACGAGGGUGAAGCAGCUUCUUUCCCAACUUGGUGCUACUUUCAAAGUUAUUGAACUUGACAGGGAAAGUGAUGGAGAUGAGGUGCAACAAGCACUACUAGAAUGGACAGGGCAGAGGACUGUGCCUAACGUGUUUAUUGGGGGAGAACAUGUUGGUGGCUGCGACAGCGUAUUAGCAAAGCAUCAACAGGGAAAGCUACUUCCUAUGCUGAAGGAUGCCGCUGCUGUUCCCAACGAUCCUGCCAAAGUGUAAACACAUUUAUACACUGUAUGUUGUUAAGCUGACAAUAACAAUAAAGUUGGGAGUGCUGUAACUUACUAACGGCCUCCUCUCCUCUAGUUGGGAUUGUUUAAUAAGGCAUUGAAUUUCUAGUUUCUUUUUCUGUUUUACCCUGCCUCUAUCUUCUAAACAUUUUUUUUAAUGCAACUUUUUUUCCUUUCUAACUUACUGCUGUGACAUUACUAUCUGUUUGGGAAGUAUAUACUGUAGAUUUGCGUUACAGAUCA